CUAUCUAGCUCUGCGAGGACCUUUAUUUUGUAUUGCUCUGUCAGCCACGCCUCUUCCGGUCACUCUUCACUUACGUGGCUGUUUUUGCUCUUUUUCCGGUCGGACGGAUUCUGCCUUUACCUGUCACACGAUGGAGUUGGAGGCCAUGACGAGAUACACCAGUCCGGUGAACCCGGCCGUGUUUCCUCACCUCACCGUGGUGCUGCUGGCCAUCGGCAUGUUCUUCACCGCCUGGUUCUUCGUAUACGAGGUGACGUCCACGAAGUACACGCGAGAUCUGUACAAAGAGCUGCUCAUUUCUCUGGUGGCGUCGCUCUUCAUGGGCUUCGGCGUCCUGUUCCUCUUGCUGUGGGUCGGCAUUUAUGUCUGAAAGUUGUAGAAAUGACGUGAAGGCUACAGGAAAACAUUCCAAGGUGAUCAGAACUUUUUUUUUUUUGUUUGUUUCCCGGGACUUCAGACUUUGCAGAAGCACUGGGAGCUUGGAUCGAGUUUGCACUGGCAUGACGGGACUGUGGAUUAAUAUUUCACAAAUAAAAACAGUUUUUGUUACAAAAAUCAAAAA